GUCCGGAGGGUGAGUUCGAGUUAGGGGAUGCAUAACGGUGACAACAUCUUGUAUGGGUGGUUUAGUGGCCAGAGACGAUGGAUUUUGGUGGGACAGGCUUGGUUGGUGUUGAACAAACAAUUGAUAAUAUGACGUUUUGAACACUGGACGGGACUGUAGGCUUUUCGGAUCGAUCGUUCGUUUCUUGUCCGCCGAAUAGCGUCGCAGCGUGAAUUGCCAUUGCCCUUAGCAGCCUAACAAGCUAACAGUUACACUAUGGCGGCGAUCAUGGCGGCUGUGGUUAGGUUACGUUCUGAUUAUCGAAUGAAAAUAUGCCAGUUAUAGUAAUUUAUUAAGUAAAUGAAUUUUAUGAAAUGAGACGUAAUUCGCGGGGACGAAAUUAUGUGUAAUCUUCUGGCAUUAGUUAUGGAGACUAAAGUUACUAGUAAAACCAGCAGCUUGAAGGCUCUUUUGUUACGGGCAUGGAGAGAACGCUGGAGUGAUCUGCAAUGGGGUAUUAAUAUUAAAACAAUAUUACCACGAGGUGUCAGUGGAGAUGUAUAUAAUUUAGCAGACUGUAUAUUGCAACAGGCAUUAGUAGGACUUGGUCCCAAUCAGUUAGUUUUAUCUUACUUGAAACAUUCAUUGAGCUCUCAGUUGGUCUCCUACGCUGCUGUGUUGCAACGAAUUAGCAAAUACGACGCGUUUCACAAGCCCCACUGCAUCUUAAGUUUACUAGAAUUUCUAGAAUCUAUCCAAAUAGGUAUAACAUGUCGUGGCAAACCGGAGGAAGACCUCUUGGCAGCUGCUGUGCUGUCUAUCGUGCAUUGGCUGUUGCAGUGCUACCUUCAUACUUUAACCAAAAUGCCACAGAACAGUCCAUUGACACCGCAGCCCACCGAACUGAUGGACAAACCUGCCAGUAUAUUGAAACAGAUGCUCAGUUCGGACUUUCUUUGCGCAAUGAUGUACUUAGCCAAAUACGAUGACAAAGAUUUGUACAUAGAUGUCGUGAAGAAGUGCCAGGAGAUCGAGGCUCUGUUAAAAACAAGCAGCCUGAAGUCCUCGGUGCCUAUCGAGGAUUCGCUGAAGAAGUUGUGCAAUCUAGAAGUAGAGUGCCUGGCACUCUCCCCCGAGAUGACCCAAAUGGAGUCGAUCACACACUGUUUACAACCGUUGUUCGCGGUACAAGUGCUGUUGAAUCCGAGCACGGAGACGACAGUCUUUGUUAACCAGUUGUUGAUGGUGCAGAGACUAAAGAAUUACUCGAACGCUCGAUUGUACUGCGAGAUAAUUCGCGCUUGCUUGAUGUGUCUGCAUAAUGUCACGGCGACGUUCAAAGAGUCCCAAUGGGGUGCGAUGACGUUCCUUAAGGCCCCCUUGAUCUUGAAAGAACUGCACGUUGCUCACUCGAAUGGCGACGACAAAUCGGAAUACUCUCAGGACAUCUUGGACGCUUUUGAGCUGCUUCUGCAGUUCACGCCUCUCCUAGACAUAAUGGACACUGCAUGCUCCUGCAACAGCGUCGAGUGUCUCUUAAACGCCCUUCAGAAAGUCAGCCUGGUAACCGAGAAGCAGGCGAAGCAGCUGAGUAGUAGAAGGGAAGGUGUCACCGCCACCUUGCAAAAAUUAGAAUCUUCAACCUCCACUCCCUCGAUUCCAAAGGUGAUCGUCAGAGCUGAACCGACGCUUUCCGGGAUCUUGAAGACCUUGAACGCGGACUACUUGAAGAUCCACGAAGCGUUGCUGAGUAUGCUCUACCAGGUGCUCACUGGAAAAAGCUUCGAAUUGAUGCUGGCCGUGGCGACCGUCGAGGGCAAGCUGAAGACCUUUGUAACCAAACUGAUCAAGUUCAACGAGUGCAGCAAACAGAUCAACGAACCCGUUCCACCGAAAACGGCAGCUACCAGAGCGAUGCUCUUCGAAGUGUCGUUUCUGAUGCUGUGCUCCAUAGUGCAGACUUACGGCUCCGAUGCAGUCCUCGAAGAAGGUGGCGGGGACUCUUUCUUUGAACAGUGGGUGCGCGAAUGUAUGCCGGAACGCAAUCAACCAAAGUCGCCUCAGAAAAUGUUACAGAACAUCGACCCCGCAAGAGUGGAUGCUCUUUUAGCGCAAAUUAAUUCCCCGGACUCGGACUUCAAAUCUAGCAAUAUUAAAUGGCAUAUCGCGUGUCAAUCGGCCAUGGGCGCUGUUAAGGAACUUCUCUGUGCCUGGGAGAGCGAUGUCCUAGGAGCUGGAGAUGUGAAAAGAGCUUUGGAUGGAUUAAGAGCCACCGCUUGUUGUUUGCCAGUUUGUGCAGCGGCUUGGCUCUGUGCUUACAUGAGCAUCACUCAUCAGGACGCUCUUCUGAAGCCCAUGAACAUGGUGCAGCACUUUUUGACGCCCUUACCUGGCGACGAGAUGCAGGAUAAUCUGAAGGAACGGUCGAGCUUGAUGUUCCAGAUCAUUAGGAAGAUGCAGUACGACGUGCAUCCACCUACUCAGUCGAAAAACAAGGUCCUUUCGAUGUCUCACAGCAUCAUAUCGAGGCAACCGAUCCUCGAACAAUUGGAAACAGUGUGGAGAAACAUCAAUCAACGAGGCUGGAUAAACAUUCAAGCGACGCAGUCCUUGGAGUCCUUGUUGAACACUGGAGGCUCGCUAUGGUUCGUUUCGAAUAUAGUGAAGGAGGUGCUGAAGUAUCGUUACCAGCAGGAACUUGAUCAGGCCGUGGACCUAGCGUUCGCCAUUUUUCACCUUGACAUUGAGAACUGUACAUUAGAUCUCAUUAACCAUAUCAUUCCACAGUAUUUAUAUAACUCAUUACACGAAGAACUCGUAGAGCCACAGUCCUCCGUUUUAGCGAAGCUGUGCGUAUACUGUAUAUUUUCUACCCUAGAGUAUAACAAUUCGAAUCCAUAUCGCGGCAACAAUAGGAAGCGCGUGCGACGAGAUUUAGAUGCCGAGGAGUUGGACGCUCUCGGCGUGCCAAAUAAAAUUCUGCGACUGAACGAAGCGGGGGAUUCGAAUCCUAUCUUCGGAUCGCAGAGCCCUCAGGCCCAGGGACCCACUAACGGUCAAAAAUCGGUCGUGUUGAGGGAUCCUCUGCUGACUUCGCUAAACGGAUUGUUCACAAUUUUCACUUUUUUGGCUGGUAGAGACGGCGAGGUUUCCCAACAGACUCAUUUCAUACUUCAGUUCCUUCGUCUGAUGGUACAAUGCGGCAAAGACAGAACUCGCAUCGUCCUGCAGGGAAUGCCACAAACACUGGUACCAUGUCUACUGAAAGCACUGCCAGAAUUAUUCACGACUGAUAUAUUGUUACGAUUUUACGACAUCCAGACUGCAGUUGGACGCAAGGCCACCGCGCGAGAUUUGUGUAUGCUCAGAAAUAUCACUUUGAAGCCGACGAAGUAGACGACGAGAACGUUUUUUUACAGAAGCGAUAAGUAUGGUUGAUAGUGAGACGUCGACUCAUAUUAUUAUUUUAAAAUAUACGAAUUUAAUAUGGCUA